AUGCUCACAGUCGACAGCUCCGACGAAGAAAUGUACAGCGAGACCUCCAGCCAAGCCGGCGGCCAGGACCCCACCCCCGACUCCGCCGCCACCGAAAACACCGGCGAACCCAUCUUCGGCUCCAAACCCGAAGUCAAAGCCCUCUACUCGACCAGCAACCCGGAAUGCGACUGCGCGCCGCGCUGGUCCGAGCACGCCGAAGCCGCCGAGGAGGACCGCAUGCUGAAAAAACUCGGCGCGGCGGCGGCCAUCAUCCAGCGGUUCAAGCGGUCGCGCGAGGGCCAGUGGCAGACGAGCGCCAUCGAGGUGCAGAGCCCGCGGCUGAACCGCGUCCUCGCCGACGUGCUGCGCGACUACCCGGACGUCGUGGUGCGCGAGGGCGAGGCGACGAAGUUUGCGGCGCCGUUUAAGCCGCUGUUUCAUCGGUGGGGGAGGUUGUUGGAAUGGAGGGAUAAAGAGGAGGAGGGGGGCCAGACGAAGGUGGAGUUGGGGUUGCUGGUUGAUGCCCUGAAGCCGACGCUCGAGCCGCUGUUUAGCGUUGCGGGGGAUAUGCAUCGCACGGGGGAGAUCGACUUUGACAACAUGUGGACGGUGUUUGUGCCGGGGGAGCUGAUGGUGUUUAGGUGUGGCAGCGUGGUGAAGCUGUUCCGGCUGCACGAUUUGCACAUCGUCGUGCCGCGGCGGGAGCCGAGGUUUUGGGUGCUCACGUUGCAGCAGAUUGAGUGGAAUGGGAGGUACUUUGGUGUCGUCCAGGGGAAGAUGCGCAUCGUUGAGGCGGACAAGCCGUUGCAGUUUGACAAGCUGUCGGUGCAGCCGCUGGCGACGCAGCGGGACGAGGAUGCCAUCAGGAAGAGGUAUCUCGCCAAGGGCAACAAGUACCUGGAGCUGUGCAGCCACAAGUGCCUGGUGAAGACGUACAAGGGCACCAAGUACGUUCUCAACUCGGAGCUGGAGACGAUCCGAGAGAAGCCGCUCUCGGGAAGGAUUGCCAUUGACCCUUUCGCCUUCUUUACCUGUCAAUCCGACAUUGCCCCGAAGCAGCCUCGCUUGAACGGCGGAGAUUCGGAUGCCUUUUUCUCAGGCGACAAGGACCUAUUCGAACAGACCAACGAGCUUGACAAGGAAGAGCAGAACGAAGAGUCUGAAAUGAACAAGGUGAGAGGCUUGGAGAAGCGUCUCCUCUGCCUUGUGGAUCGCAUCAAGGGUUUCGACCUUCGAAACAACGAAUGGUGUGAAUUCGACGUGGAUGACGUCUCAGAGCCCGUCUGGAACGAUAACGCUCUGCACCAGCUCGUUCUCUCCGAGGGAGAAAAGAAGCUGCUGGUUGCGUUCACCCAGCGCGAUGAAUUGGACCUUCCGGAUUUCGACGAUGUCAUCUUGGACAAGGGGAAGGGCAUCAUCAUCCUCUUGGCCGGUCCACCUGGUGUGGGCAAAACCCUGACAGCCGAGUCCAUCUCGGAACGCGCCCGCGUGCCAUUGUAUUCUCUCCGGGCAAGUGACCUCGGCACGGAUUCCGAUCAGGUUGAAGCCACCUUGAAGGACGCUCUCGAAUGCUGCAAGUUGUGGAACGCUGUGCUCCUCAUCGACGAAGCCGAUGUCUUCAUGGAGAAGCGCAGCGCCGACAGGCUGGAGCAGAAUGAGCUGGUGUCCAUCUUCCUCCGCAACCUGGAGUACUACCAAGGCGUGAUGUUCUUGACAACUAACAGGGUGGAUGCGAUCGAUGAUGCAUUCCGUUCCCGCAUCGAUCUGAUCCUGACGUACCCGAAUCUUGACCACGCGGCCCGGAGGCAGAUUUGGUCGACGUUCAUAUCCAGCCUUCCGUCAGGCAGUUGCAACAUCGCCGAUAUCGACUUUGAUGAGCUUGCCCGCACGGAUAUGAACGGACGCGAUAUCAAGAACGUGGUCAAGAUUGCGCGCUUCCUUGCUGCAUCGGAGAAAAUCCCUCUGUCAAUGGAGCACCUGAGGACUAUCCUGACCAUCAAAAAGGCUUCUCUUUGA